AUGCUAUCCAGUCGGUCAGUGCCAGCCAUGAGCAAGCAGUACUUCCCGGCCACGGCACCCGUUGUGGCCCUUGACGAACGUGGCAAAGCCAUAGCUUGCCUUCGAAGAGAGAUGGAUCAGAUCCAUCGCGCUCCUUACGCGCACUUUCUGACCAUUAUGCUGCUGGCUCUAAUGCAAAUUGCCGAUUCUGACCCGAAGGAUUAUGGCAGACAGCAUUUAUCUGGUGCCCGCGCCUUGAUCAACAGAAUGCUGCGAGACGUAUCUAUGUCGACGACGACUAAUGAAUCUGUGUUUCGACUCUGCCUCGGACUCUAUCUUUACUGGGACAUGUGCAGUUCCUUCUUGGUAGAACCCGCUGAACCAGAGGGUCUCAACUCAUUUGACAUAUCUCUCGCAGUACUCAGGAUGGGGGACUGGCACCAUCCAAUGUACGCAACUUGUAGCCGACUACUCCUUAUCAUAGCGAAUGUCGGACGAUAUUGCCGACAGGUAUAUGAUAUGCCACAGAGCCGCAACCACGUGCAAGAAGCCAUGCUGGAAGCCCUGCUUAGUACCUGGACGGCGGACUCCCCGGAUUCCGACCUCAGGCACUUAUACGAAGCGUUCCGCAACCACGGACUCGUUUUCCUUCAUCAAUCUCGUGCACAUGCGCAGAGACGUUGUCCUAUGAAUCCGAGUGUGACUGAAGAACAAGGGUCUUUGAUCCUACGGUACGCCGAAGCGACAGUUCGCCAUCUGUUACGAAUCCCUGCGUCCUCGUACACCCUGAAUUUUCAGUCUCUUUCUCUUCUCAUAGCCGGAUCCGAAUUGACCAAGUCGGAUCACAUCCUGCGUGAUGAAGUGCGUGGCAGACUGCGAGUCAUCUACUCGUUCAACCGCCUUCCCGCAAAUCUGAUGGCCCUUCAAUUCCUCGAAGAACUCUGGGAUGCCCGAGACAGCGGUAACCCCUCUUUCUGGCUAUCGUACAUGAUGCAGAAAGAUUGGCGGUUGCUUCUAGUAUGA